AAUUAGUCAAAUUUAAUCUCAACGAUUUUUGUUGGAACUCAAAAACCUUAAUUGAGCUUUAUUUAAUUUUUGGAGAAAGACAAAACCAUGAACCCAAUUGCGUUUGCAGGUGAUCGCUUUUCUCCUCAUUCAAAGUUCUCACAUAGUUUGUUGUAAAAAGAGAAAGAGAGGUUGAGGAGUGAUGGCAGCGGUGGAAGAGAUAGAUAUAGUGAUUGUAGGUGGUGGAAUUUGCGGCUUAGCUACUGCUCUUGCUCUCCACAGGAAAGGUAUUAAGAGUGUGGUGUUGGAGAGGUCUGAUACGCUGCGAGUGACAGGAGCUGCUAUUGGUGUUUUCCCGAAUGGAUGGCGUGCCCUACAUCAGCUUGGUCUUGACUCCAGUCUUCGAUCAACUGGUAUUCCAUUUCAAAGGGCAGUUGAUGUUUGGGUUGAGAAGGGUGUGGAACGAGAAACACUUCUUAGUGAAGGGGAGGCUCGUUGCUUAAGGAGAAAUGACCUUGUUGAAGCCCUAGCCAAUGCGCUGCCAUUGGAGACAAUACGUUUUGGCUGCCAAGUUUUGUCGGUGAAUGUGGAAAGAUGUAAUUCAACAAUGCUUCAACUCCAUGACGGGAGUGUAAUCAAGGCUAAGGUGUUAAUUGGCUGUGAUGGAGCAAACUCAGUUAUUGCAAAUUACAUUGGCUUAAAGCCCACUCGGCCUUUCACCUCAUGUGCAGUCAGGGGCCUUACUCUUUAUCCAGAUGGCCAUGGAUUUGCUCCCGAGUUCUUGAGAGUAAGAAAAGACAAGUAUUUAGUUGGAAGAAUCCCAAUUGAUGAAAAGACUGUUUACUGGUUUGUCGUUCUACAAUGGAUUCAAAGAGAUGCUGAGAUGCCUAAAGACCCUGCUUCCAUCAGACAGAUGACCUUAGACAUAACAGCUGGUUUCUCAAAGGAUAUUGUGGAAAUGAUAGAGAAGAGUGACUUAACCUCUUUGUCACUCACACGGUUGAGAUAUCGGGCCCCAUGGAAUUUAGUUUCUGGAAACUUCCGCAGAGAAACUGUAACAGUAGCUGGGGAUGCAUGGCAUGUUAUGGGUCCCUUCCUUGGGCAGGGUGGGUCUGCAGCUUUAGAAGAUGCAAUUGUUCUAGCUAGAUGUUUAUCAAAGAAGAUAGGUGAUGCUGAUUCGAAUGGGAGUAGAAUGCAUUUGUCAGCACAAAAGGCUAUAGAAGCUCUUGAUGAAUAUUUGAAAGAAAGGAGGAGGCGAGUAGUGCUCUUAUCAACCUGUACUUACCUCAGAGGUUUAUUGUUAGUGGAAGAUUCCUCUUUUUUGGUGAGAUUCCUAUGCAUCAUUAUCAUAGCAGUUCUUUUUCGUGACCCAUCGAAUCACACAAGAUAUGAUUGCGGUGAACUCUAGGGAUAUUUUUCUUGAAGAAAUGUAAUUUCAGGGUUUGCUGUAGUCUGAACUAUCAAGUCUUUCAGUGUUGUUUCUGUAAAUGAUUUCUGUAUUCUGUGUUGGAUAUGACUCUUCUGUUUAAAACGCUGUUUAAUUUAUGUAUAAGUUUUCUUUAUAGCGA